AUGGGCGCGGACGCGCAUGGUGCGGGCGCGCGCCAGUUCAAAAAUAGAGAUAACCCUAGCUCGCGAGGCACACUGCGCAGUCGCGCCCCCCAGCCUCCACCCCCAUCUUCUUCUUCUCCUCGCCCCAUCUAUCCUCGCAGCAGAGUCACCGGCCGCCGCCGCGCCACCCUCAUCGCCGGCGACUCACCCUGCUCAACCUCACCUUCUCUUCCCCCUCCCCCCCACCCAUUCUCGCUCUCUCACUCUUCUCUCCCUCUCCCUCCUCUCAACCGCGCCGUGACUAACCCCUCCGCCGCCACCCCGUCCUCACUGCCGGCGGCUCGCUCCUCCCUCUUUGUUCUCCCUACACACCCUCAUAUCCUCCUUCCCUCUCGCCAUCACCCCCCUCCUCCCUUUCGGCUCUUCUCCCUCCGGCCAAACCACCGCGCCACCGCGCCACCGUUCACGGCGCUACCUCCGCUUCCCGAUUCUCCGGCCUCCGAUGAGCUGGAUCAUCAGGAGGAGGACGCAGAGGCGCCGGUUCAGCAGGAUGCCCCUGACACUACAGAGCCACCUCGGACUCAGGAGGAGCCUGUUCCUCAGCCGGACCCACAGCCACAGACAGAGCCAGAGCCUAUCGUUGCACCUCCCACUGAUCCUCCGGUUUAG